AUGGAAACAAUACAUGAUGAGGAAGAGUCCCUUGGUUUCAUCUAUGAUGUUUUCCUCAGCUUUAGAGACGAAGAUACAAGUAGUCACACAUUUAUAAAACAUCUUUGUAAAGAGUUGCUCAGGAAGGGUAUAUACACUUACUUCGAUGAUAAGCAUGUCAGGGUAACCAAUCCCAUUGAAGAAUCUAAGAUUUUAAUCAUUGUGUUUUCUGAGCAUUAUGCAUCUUCCACAAGGUGUCUGGAUGAACUUGUGAAGAUCCUAGAAUCCACCAAGAGGGACAAGAAACAAGUUGUUUUUCCAAUAUUUUACUUUGUGGAUCCCUCAGAUGUACGGCAUCAGAGAAAUAGUUACGGUAAGCACAUGAUGGCUCACCAAAAUGAGUUUGGCAAAGACUCUCAGAAAGUCAAGGAUUGGAGGUCAGCUUUGGCUACAGCCUGUAACUUACCAGGAGAGGCUAUAUACACCGCAGGCAGAGGGUAUGAAAUCAAUUUUAUUGAAAAGAUUGUUAUGAGGGUGUAUAAAAAUAUAACUCCUAAGCCUUUACAUACUGGUCUAAAUCUCGUGGGACUUAGGCCCCGCGUUGAAGAGGUAAAGUCACGUCUAGACAUGAAGUCUGAUGAUCGAACGGUACGUAUGCUGGGCAUAUGGGGACUUGGUGGAGUCGGAAAAACAGAACUUGCCAAAUCUUUGUAUAACAAGAUUGUGCAUCACUUUGAUGCUGCAAGUUUUCUUGCCCAUGUUAGAGCGAAAUCAAGCCAAAUUAAUGGCUUGAAAGAUCUACAAAAGACACUUCUAUUAGAUAUGUUAAAGGAGUUAGACAAUGAAUUGGACAAUACAACUUGCUUCUUCAAAGGGGAGAAAAUAGAAUAUGUUGAACAAGUUCUUGGGGAAUUUGGUACGACAUCCAACAUUAAUACACUGGUUAAUAGAUCUCUCCUAACUACUGAAGAUGGUUACUUGAAGAUGCAUCCUCUAAUACAAGAUAUGGGAAGAGAGAUUGUUCGGCAAGAGGCACCAAAUUAUCCCGGUGAACGUAGCAGACUAUGGAUUUAUGACGAUGUUAUUGAAAUACUCACUGAAAAUUCUGGAAGUUAUAAGAUUCAAGGGAUAAUGCUUGAUCCCCCUCAACGAGAAAAAGUAUGUUGGAGUGGUACCGCCUUUAAGAAAAUGAAAUGGCUUAGAAUUCUCAUUGUUCGGAACACAUCUUUUUCACCUGAGCCUCAAUAUUUGCCAAAUCAUUUGAGGGUGCUUGACUGGGAAGAGUACCCUUCAAAGUCUUUCCCAUCAAGUUUUCAUCCGAAGAAAAUCAUUGUCUUCAAUUGGCCAAGAAGUCAUCUAAUCUUGGAAGAGCCAUUCAAGGUACAAUGUAUUCGUUAA